AUGUUUACCAGGGUGAAGCCUUCUGAUUUCCAAUACCUGAAGGUCAUCGGCAAAGGAAGCUUUGGGAAGGUGGGAGCAAGUAGUGAAAGUAUGUAUGCUGUCAAGGUUCUACAGAAACAGGUCAUACUGAGGAAGAAAGAGAGAGAUGUGAUGGUAGAGAGGAGUGUGUUGCUGAAGGGACUGCAGCAUCCAUUCCUGGUGGGGCUCCACUUCUCCUUCCAGACCUCUCACACUCUCUUCUUCGUACUGGACUACAUCAAUGGAGGAGAGUUGUUCUACCAUCUCCAGAGGGAGGGAGCCUUCCCAGAGCCCAGAGCAACAUUCUACUCUGCAGAGAUGGCCUCAGCCCUGGGCUACCUCCACUCCCUCAACAUAGCCUACAGAGACCUGAAGCCAGAGAACAUCCUAUUGGACAGUGGAGGUCAUGUGGUUCUGACAGAUUUUGGGCUGUGUAAAGAGGGUGUGUCUGUGGGUGGGACUAUGCAAACGUUCUGUGGAACCCCUGAGUAUCUGGCGCCAGAGGUGCUGUUAGGUCACGCCUACAGUGGAGUAGUGGACUGGUGGGGGCUGGGGAGUGUACUUUAUGAGAUGCUUCAUGGACUGCCCCCAUUCUACAGUCGCAGUAAGGCCGAGAUGUUUGAGAACAUCCUUCACGCCCCCCUGCAGCUCCAUAGAAGUGUGUCCCAGUCUGCCCGGUCUCUGCUGCAGGGCCUGCUGGAGAGAGACUGUACCAAACGCCUUAGGGGGGAACAGGACCUUGCUGAGCUGCAGGGCCACACCUUCUUCCUGUCCAUCAACUGGGAUGACUUGCUAGCCAGGAAAGUCCCUCCCCCAUUCAUUCCCAACCUGAUGAGUUGGUACUAUCACUGUCCAUAA